AUGGAAUCCCUAGCCGCCACCUCCGUGUUCUCGCCCUCCCGCGCCGCCGUCCCGGCGGCGGGGGCCCGGGUUAGGGCGGGGACGGUGGUAUCAGCCAGGCGGAGAAGCAGCAGCAGGAGCGGAACCAUCGGGGUGAAGUGCUCUACCGUGACGCCGCAGGCGAGCUCAGUGGUUAGCAGGAGCGCGGUGGCGGCAAAGGCGGCGGAGGAGGACAAGAGGCGGUUCUUCGAGGCGGCGGCGCCGGGGAGCGGGAAGGGGAACCUGGUGCCCAUGUGGGAGUGCAUCGUGUCGGACCAUCUCACCCCCGUGCUCGCCUACCGCUGCCUCGUCCCCGAGGACAACGUCGAUGCCCCCAGCUUCCUCUUCGAGUCCGUCGAGCAGGGGCCCCAAGGCACCACCAACGUCGGCCGCUACAGCAUGGUGGGAGCCCACCCGGUGAUGGAGAUAGUGGCCAAAGAGCACAAGGUUACGAUCAUGGACCACGAGAAGGGCCAAGUGACGGAGCAGGUAGUGGACGACCCGAUGCAGGUCCCCAGGAGCAUGAUGGAGGGAUGGCACCCACAGCAGAUCGACGAGCUCCCUGAAUCCUUCUCUGGUGGAUGGGUUGGGUUCUUUUCCUAUGAUACGGUUCGGUAUGUUGAGAAGAAGAAGCUACCGUUCUCUGGUGCUCCUCAGGACGAUAGGAACCUUCCUGAUGUGCACUUGGGACUCUAUGAUGAUGUUCUAGUCUUCGACAAUGUUGAGAAGAAAGUAUAUGUUAUCCAUUGGGUCAAUGUGGACCGGCAUGCAUCUGUUGAGGAAGCAUACCAAGAUGGCAGGUCCCGUCUGAACCUGUUGCUAUCUAAAGUGCACAAUUCCAAUGUCCCCACACUCUCUCCUGGAUUUGUGAAGCUGCACACUCGCCAGUUUGGUGCACCUUUGAACAAGUCAACCAUGACAAGUGAUGAGUAUAAGAAUGCUGUAAUGCAGGCUAAGGAACAUAUUAUGGCUGGGGAUAUCUUCCAGAUUGUUUUAAGCCAGAGGUUUGAGAGACGAACAUAUGCCAACCCAUUCGAGGUUUAUCGAGCCUUGCGAAUUGUGAACCCUAGCCCAUACAUGGCGUAUGUACAGGCAAGAGGAUGUGUGUUGGUUGCAUCUAGUCCUGAAAUUCUUACACGAGUCAGUAAGGGGAAAAUUAUUAAUCGACCACUUGCUGGAACUGUUCGAAGGGGCAAAACAGAGAAGGAAGAUCAAAUGCAAGAGCAACAACUAUUAAGUGAUGAAAAACAGUGUGCCGAGCACAUAAUGCUUGUAGACUUAGGAAGGAAUGAUGUUGGCAAGGUCUCCAAACCUGGAUCAGUAAAGGUGGAGAAGUUGAUGAACAUUGAGCGAUACUCCCAUGUUAUGCACAUCAGCUCAACGGUCAGUGGACAGUUGGAUGAUCAUCUCCAGAGCUGGGAUGCCCUGAGAGCUGCAUUGCCUGUUGGAACAGUCAGUGGUGCUCCAAAGGUAAAAGCCAUGGAGUUGAUAGAUAAGUUGGAAGUUACAAGGCGAGGACCAUAUAGUGGUGGUCUAGGAGGAAUAUCGUUUGAUGGCGAUAUGCAAAUUGCACUUUCUCUGCGCACCAUGGUAUUCUCAACAGCGCCAAGCCACAACACGAUGUACUCAUACAAAGAUGCAGAUAGGCGCCGGGAGUGGGUUGCUCAUCUCCAGGCUGGUGCAGGCAUUGUUGCCGACAGUAGCCCAGAUGAUGAACAACGUGAAUGCGAGAAUAAGGCUGCAGCACUAGCUCGGGCCAUCGAUCUUGCAGAGUCAGCUUUUGUAGACAAAGAAUAG